UUCGCCUUUUUCUUGUGUUAAUGUCCAGCAUCCAAGCUUUACAACAUCGUAAGCGCCCAUUAGGAGGCAUGGCAUCUUAUCUUAGCGAUCCAGCCAGUGUUCUUGCCACAAAUCCCGAUAAACUCACUUCAGUCAACAAGCCAUCUCGCAAUCCAAGUGGUAGUAAACGCCAGAGUCUUUCGAGCACCGACUUUCAACCCUACGACCCCUUCGAUAGUCCUCGCAUAUCCAAAUCAACCACUACUACUAAAUCCAUUAUGCGCCAACCGCUUGACUGGCCACCUAAUACUACAACGCAACGUAGGUCAUCCGCGGUUCAGGAUGGCAGUCCUAUGAACAACGGGAAAAACAUGAAACAACAACCACCACUACCACAUCAGCUAUGUCCGUCGUUGUCCACCUCUGCUGCGUCGCCUGCUCGACUGAAACCAAGUCUUAAAUCCAGCAAUGGAUCCCCUUACUACGCUCAAACCAUCGAACCCGGCGUCAGAUACCACGAUGAGCGUUCCAAACAAGCCGCACUCAUCAAAAAGGCCGCAAAACAUCGCUCAUUACCUGCUCAGCUACCUCAUAUGGGCUUUAAAAAGGUCAUAAACAAGGCCAUCGACCUUAGACCAGUUGUCCAUCGACAGCCUGCGUAUCGCAGGGCUCGACCCGAGGGCGGCUUCAUUAGUCCGCUCCAAGCCCUUACCAUCGAUAUCAGCGAAACCUAUCGACUGCGCAAUCCUGUUUUUAAGUAUAAUCCUAUCAGAAAUCCACGUAGAGUACUCACAAAGCCAAGCAAGCCAAGCAAAAAUGAUGGGUUUGAUAAUGAGGACUGUGAUUAUAUAUUAAAAGUGAACGACACCUUAGGAAAUGAGAAGGGUCAAGAGUACAGAGUGUUGGAUAUACUCGGCCAGGGAACAUUUGGCCAAGUUGUCAAAUGUCAGCGUAUUUCGACGAAAGAGUUAGUCAGCGUCAAGGUCAUUAAAAACAAGCCAGCCUACAUGGUACAAAGUCAACUGGAAGUUGAGAUUUUGAAAAAGUUGAACGGCGAGCGAGAUGCCCAGGAUAGGCAUCAUAUCUUGCGACUAUAUCACACAUUCAUCCACCGCAACCACCUCUGCCUUGUUUUUGAACUGCUGAGCGUCAACUUGUACGAACUAAUCAAACAAAACUCGUUCAAAGGCUUAUCAACGAACUUAGUCCGCGUCAUAUCCCAUCAAUUAGUAGAUGCCUUGGUGAUUUUGAAGGAUGCGGAAAUCAUUCACUGUGAUUUGAAGCCGGAAAAUAUUCUUUUGAAAAACUUGGAUUCACCAACCAUAAAAAUUAUCGAUUUUGGUUCGGCAUGUCACGAAUCACAUCAAAUCUACACCUACAUCCAGUCUCGGUUCUACCGCUCACCCGAAGUAUUGUUUGGUGUAAAGUACAAUAGUGCCAUCGAUAUGUGGUCGCUAGGGUGUAUCGUUGCCGAACUUUUUCUUGGUCUUCCAUUAUUCCCAGGUUGCUCAGAGUAUAAUCAAGUUUCAAGAAUUGUAGAUAUGUUAGGUAUGCCUCCGACUUACAUGCUGGAAAAUGGAAAGACAGCUCGAGAAUUCUUUGUCAGGAAGGAGAAGCCGGAUGGAAGAAGGAUAUGGGCACUGAAGACGAGAGAAGAAUAUAGUCGAGAGUACGUUAAGGCCGAGCCACCUGGCAAGAAGUACUUCAAUGAGACCAAGUUAACGCCGCUGAUAUUGAACUACAACCAAGCACGACAUGGGCUUGAUGAAGUUGAAAAAGAGAGAGAGCGACAAAGCCGGCAUGCUUUGAUUGACUUCAUACAAGGGCUUUUGAACCAAGAUCCUAUAAGGCGCUGGACGCCUCACCAAAUUCGUAACCAUCCGUUUUUAACGGGAAAACCAUUCACUGGUCCUUUUGAACCUGAUGUUGUACCAUCUUUUGUGAAAAAUCCAAUGGCGAGACGUUCAUUGGAACCCCUCAUGAAUAAGGCUUCCAACAAUAUGAUGAUGGGCCCUCCUCUGCCUCGACAAGUACCUCUUGGUGCCAUGAUGCAGGAUUUACCGCCAGGACCUCCACCCGUUAACUAUGGUGGCCCUAUGAACAACGCACUUCCAAACAUGGUGGUGCCAACUGCUCAGCAGCCAUCCAUGGUAUCGCAAGCAUUACCCCGAAGGCAAAGGGCUAAGACGGUGGGAAAUUCUCAAAUUCCGCCACAAAUACAAAUGAUUUUGAGUGAUAUCAAACAAUACCCAGUCGAGGAACACAAGCGCUCCAAAGUCGAUCCAGACGUGGUCGCAAGUCCAUUGACAUAUGAUAUACCAAGUGAAGGUCCUCCGCUACUAAAUUUAAACGAAGGGACUUCUAAAAGCAUAGCACAGCAACCAACCACUCAGCACUUGGGUCACCGACGCACCCGAUCACAAGGCAAUCUUGCCGGAGUGCUACCUGCGGAUUCUCCAAGUAUUCAUUACAAACGAAGAUCAGCCGUCCAGCAUAGUGCAAUGGAUUCCAGCUUCAGCACCAGCUCAGACGACGAACUAGGGGGAGCCAAAGAAACAAGGGGUCGCGUGUCGGAAAAGCAUACAACUUAUGGGCAGGAUAGUAUGGAUGGUCACUUGCAACGUGAUGAAUCCGGUUCUGGAUCAAGUUCUAGGAACGACUCACAAAACACUUCGCCAGCCACAUCACUUGCCGCCGCUUUGGAUAAGAAAGUCAAAAUCGCUUCCAAGGUGAAGGUGCGAAUCGGGUCCAGAGAUUCAUUCCGAAUGCCUGCCGAUGUACGCCGUGGAGCUGCUCUGUUGGAAAACCCUACAGCAAAUAAGAAUUUGAUGCGAGGUUAUUCGGCUGGCGAGGCUGCUGGUGGGUUAAUGAUGAUGCGAACUUCUAGUGCUGAAGGCGGCAAAGGCGCUUCAAAGUCCACUUCUACCUCCAAGAAAAAAUCGGGAUCCGAGAAAACUGGCGGUAUGAUGACAUAAAUUUAACUGUUCCAAUCCACCAUCUCUUUCAAUAGCAAUAAGCAUCAAAGCAUAGUAUACUUUUUCAUUCUUGUUGUAUCACUUCUUGAAAAUAAAAUAAGAAAGUCUCAUUCAUAAUAGACUCUACUUGUUCACUACUCUG